AUGGGCUGGACAGUGUGCAACACUACUCUAGAGACUCAGAACAUCGAGGAGGUCGAGCUCUGGGAUGGCGGCCUUACAUUUCACACCCUGUCGGUCGUGGUGGGCGGCGUUUGCGCGCUCUUCGCCUGCGGUGUGUCAAUAUUCUUGAUCAUGCAGCAUGCCCUCCACUACAGCAAACCGAUCGAACAACGACACAUUAUCCGCAUUCUGUUCAUGGUCCCCGUCUACUCCAUUGUCGCAUGGCUCAGCAUCUACUUUUAUCAUGAUUCUGUCUUCUUUGAAGUGAUGGGUGAUUGCUACGAGGCUUUCUGUAUCUCCGCCUUCUUCUCCCUCAUGUGCCACUACAUCGCUCCCGAUCUACACAGCCAGAAGGAUUAUUUCCGUGGGAUUCAGCCGAAGCCGUGGCUUUGGCCGUUGAAUUGGUUUGCUAAGUGCUGUGGUGGUGAUCGCGGCAUUUGGCGGAACCCGCGCAGUGGGUUGACUUGGUUCAAUAUUGUCUGGGCUGGUGUUUUCCAGUACUGCGUUAUUCGCGUGGCGAUGACGAUCGUCGCGGUUACUACGCAGGCUUUCGGCUUGUACUGCGAAGCAUCUCUUAGUCCUGCUUUCGCGCAUAUCUGGACUCUCGUCUUUGAAUCGAUCUCUGUCGCCAUUGCAAUGUAUUGCCUGAUUCAAUUCUACCACCAGACCAGCCAAGACAUCAAACAACACAGGCCGUUUGUGAAGAUCUUGUCGAUCAAGCUCGUCAUUUUCCUUUCGUUCUGGCAAUCCACACUUAUCAGUCUUCUCGUCUCCGGAGGCGCCAUAAAAGAAAGCAAGCAGAUUGCGCUUGCAGAUCUCAAAACUGGCCUUCCGGAACUAAUGAUCAACAUCGAAAUGGCCAUCUUCGGUACUCUACAUCUCUGGGCAUUCUCAUGGAAGCCCUACACCCUUAAUAGCCAAAGCGAAGUCACCGACUUCUACGGCAACGGCAAGUCUACCUACGAAGGCGGACGCUACGGUGGCAAAGCUCUAAUCGACGCCAUGAAUCCACUGGACCUCUUGAAGGCCAUUGGCCGCAGUGCACGCUGGCUAGUUGUCGGCCGCAAAACUCGCAUGCUAGACUCGAGCUACCAGCCUCAAGACCAGCCCCCACAGGCAGGCAGCGAACUCACAACCGGAACAGCAUACCAAGGCACCACAACGACAGUUACCGCAGGCCGAGGAGGCCGUUACACACCCGACGAAGAAGGCGCCGUGCUUCUCGCUCACGCACAGCCAAAUCCAGAGAUCGCCCUAAUGGGUAACUCGCCCUACGCCUCCGACUUUGACGAGCACGUCCAUGACUCCUCAGCCCGCUUCUACGGCCAAAGCUCGUCGCCAUACGAAGACUCUGCUCUCCGUACCCAUGAUCCUAUCCAGUCUGAUGGAGUGAUUCACCCCUACCCAUCCAACGGUCCGCUCCGUGAGCAGGUCCCCAUGCCCAUGCCAGACCCUUAUCAGCCUCCACCUCCCUACCCGGAUAACCGUCAUUUAUGA